GAGACUCUUGAAAGAAAUACAGAAGAGAUUAAAGAGGAGAAGCUGAAGAACAAUGGCCGAGAUUAAGGAAGAGAAUAAACAAAUGCAUGAUGUGGCGAGUUUUCCGGGAGUGUUUAUUACUUCUCUUCCAGCAUUGUACCGCCUGGAUGAUAAGGGAAGCACUGAAUUUGCGGAUCGGUUGUCACACCGUAUUCAGGAAAGGAUCAAUAAACACUGCUUUCUUGAUUGGUAUGAGAUAUUGUCGAAGAAAAUAUAUGUCAAUAAUGUGUUUGUGAGUGACCAUAAACCAAUAGUGGUCAGUAUUGGUCUAAAUUACCGGGACACAAUCAAGUCAGAGGUAAUGGAGUUCUAUAAAAUCUCAUACAUGAAGAGAUUUUUUGAGCGUACAAAUACUGAUUUGAAGGAAUUCCUGAGGGACACUGUCAACUCUUUCAUCCCAACAGUAUCCAUGUGUCAGUCACUCUACAAUUGGAAUGACGAACUUGAUGUGUUGAUGGAAAUGUUCAUCGUUGAUGGUGGCUUCAUCAUCGAGUUGUUUUGGAGAAACGGCGACAUCAAAGGGAAUGAAUUCGUAGACACUAUUCUUAUGUCAGAAUGGGUUCUGUAUGCCUUCAGUCGAGACCUGAUUUUACGCGACAACCAACUGCCCUUCCAGGUCCUCACAAUGUUGUUCGAACGUACUGGGCUUUCGGCGAAAUUGGAUCAACAUGAUAGCAACCACCACCACAAGCUCACCGGAUUGGCCUUUAAGUUUCUAGAGCGUAUUGUUCCAAACCAGAAACUAGACCACAAGCUUGUCAACAUUCACAAUCCGAAUCAGGAUCUCCUAAGCACGGUAUAUGACGGUUUGAGCUGGUUGAGACCCAAAGCUAAUAAUAAUUAUAAUUCCAACAUUGACAAGGAUAAGAAAGAUAUUGGGGAUGAAAAAUGGAACUUGGUGAAAUCAGCAACUGAGCUUCAAGAGUUUGGAGUUGAGUUCAAAAUGGUGGAUACAGACAAUUUGGUAUACAUAACGUUGAAUAAGGGGGUAUUGUGUAUCCCACGCAUACGCAUUCGAUAUGGCACAGCAUAUUCCAUCAACGUGCUGCUCCAGUUUGAGAAUAGUAUUCUCCGAAAAGAACCAGGCCAGCCAAGAUGCCUUACCGACUACCUAUGGUUUAUGAAUAGUUUGGUGAAAUCCCCCAAUGAUGUUCAGCUACUUCGCCAGAAAAAUAUCAUCGAUAAUCUAUCGGAGCUACCUGAUGAUGCCGCCAUUCUCAAGUUUCUGAAAGAUUUACACGAGUCUCUGAUGAUCUCUCCCGCUAACUUCAGCUACAAGGAAAUUUGCAGGAAUCUGAAUGUGCAUUGCAGUCAUCGGCGAAACAGUUGGUUGGCAAAAUUGAAGAGGGAUUACUUCAACAGCCCGUGGGCAAUUAUCUCCUUCUUUGCAGCUUCCCUAUUACUUAUUCUCACUGUUGCGCAAACUGGAUUUUCUGUUGCCUCCUACUACAAUCAAGGCUAGCUAAAUAAUUAAGUCAAGUGCUCGUACCUUCAUCCAACUACUGUUUCUUAUACAAUAAUCUUUUGUGUGUGCGUGUGUGUGAGAGAGAGAGAGAGAGAGAGAGAGAGACUCCCUUCACAAGAUAGGUGCUGCAAGAGUACAGCUCCUUCCAGAAUAACUUGAGGCUGUAAGCUAGCUGGCUGGCUGGCUGGCUGGCUGUAGCUGAUAUUCUUUGGCUUUAAUCUCAGCAGAUGGUGGAUAUGUAUAGCUUGCCAGCAGUUCUGGAACUAAAUAUAUAUUGGUCAUGAUGCAAUGCACUAGCAGCAGCUACAGA